GGUUGGCGCGGGAGCCCCUUGAAAAAAUAUUGUUUUCGAAUGAUGCCUGUGGACCCUACAUCUUUUGUGUCUCUAUGUAAAUAUCUUCAUUGUUACCGUGGAACAUAUGAAUGCAAUCUGGACAGUGAUCAAUUGAAGGUGUGGUCAUUUGGCAUAGAAAAUGGCUGAAGAAAUCUUAGGUUUGAUGUCAUAUAUGAGUGAAAAUUAUAUACACAUGACAAUUCAUUCUACCUCAUUUUUGUUUAUUGUACAGUGUUGACAUUGUUGAUGAACCAAAUAAGAAAAAUAAUGUAGAAUGAAAGCUACAUUCUCUUGUAUUGUGCCCCUAGUUUCAAGAAAAGUGGCUCGCACCUUUUGGUCCAGCAUGGUAUCCAUUCAUUGGUAGCAGCGGAAUUUUGCGAAGGAUGUCAAAAACGUAUGGAUCUGAAUGGAGAGCAUGGUUAGAACUAUCUAGACAGUACUCCACUAGUGUCUUGGGCAUGAAGACGAGCACAGAACUGGUAAUAGUUGUGUUUGGCGAGAAGAAUGUUCGUCAAGUGUUUAAUGACAAAGAGUUUGAUGCUAGACCACAUAAUUUCUUUUCACAAUUAAGAUGCCUUGGAAAUAAGAAUAUGGGUAUAACUUUUGCUAAUGGUGAAAUAUGGAAGCAACACAGACAGUUUGCUGUGAAAAACUUGAAACACGUCGGUUAUGGUAAAACAGUAAUGGAAAGGGAAAUACAAAAUGAACUCUCUCGCAUACUGAAAUAUAUAGAAGAAUAUAAUAGCAAACCAAUAAAUUUAGUUAAUUUGCUCAGUGAAUCUGUUGUAAAUGUUUUAUGGAAAUAUGUGGCAGGGGAACGGAUAGAAGAAGAAAAACUGAAGCGUUUAUUAGAUCUGUUUCGGCAACGAGGAAAAGUUUUUUCAGUUGCUGGAGGCAUGUUAAAUCAAAUACCUUGGUGCAGAUUUUUUGUACCUAAAUUAAGUGGAUAUUCACUUAUAAUUAAGUUAAAUCAAGAUAUCUCAGAGAUUAUUGAGGAGGCUAUUGAAAAACAUAAAAAUAAUAAAGUGGAAGGCAAAGAUUUUAUUUAUACGUUCUUGGAUGAGAUGAACGCAAAUAAAAACCCGACCUUUACAGAGCAACAAUUGAAAAUAGUAUGUUUGGAUUUUCUUAUUGCGGGUUCACAAACAAGUAGUAACGUUCUCGGUUUCGCUCUUCUCAGGGCCAUAAAAUCCCAGGAAAUACAACAGAAGAUUUUUGAAGAAAUAGACACUGUUAUAGGUGACAGGACACCUUGCUGGAGUGAUAGUGAAAGGCUUAUUUACACGUCUGCGUUUCUUCAAGAAGUACAGAGAUAUUAUCCAGUAGUUCCUAUGGCUGGACCGAGAUUGCUACAACAGGAUACCUCGAUAGAUGGCUACCUAAUACCGAAAGGUUCUACAGUACUCAUGUCACUGGGAGAUAUUUAUUUUGAUCCUGAGUUGUGGGACGAACCGCAUGAAUUCAAACCUGAAAGGUUCAUUGACGAGAGCGGAAUGCUGAAAAAUUCUGAACACAUAUACACUUUUGGCUUGGGUCGUAGACGCUGCCCUGGGGACUCCUUAGCAAAGUCAUUCAUAUUCAUUACCUUCGUCGGUAUACUUCAGAAAUACAGGAUUUACGUCAGCAACGGCACCGUUCCGUCGGAUGUGCCGUUGAUUGGUAUAUUGGCUACACCAAAACCUUACACAGCUGAGUUCAUGUUAAGAAAAUGAAAAUACUUAUUCAUUUUUUAUCAACUCAGCUUAAACUAUGUUAUUAAUAAUGGAUAUUUAAUAAAGAAUAAUAAAUAAAUACCACUAAUAU